GAGCGGGAGUGUGUAAACAUCUGAUACACUACAGCAUUCGACCUUCAAAUCUGAAGACAUGAAGAACCUUUUCAAAGGAAGAAACAAGGUUCGGAGGAACGAGAGCAGGACUCCUUUAAUGAAGGAAAACAACAACAACGUGGAAGAUGGAUAUAACCAGGCAGAUAACGCCGUGGCUCAGCACACCUCAAACACCCAUAAGGAGCGGGAGUUCACACUUCAGGAACUGGCUGAGUUUCUGGGCGUGGACCUCCCCAACACCUUUGAGGAUGGCUGCUGGUGCACAGUUCAGCCUGGACAGCACAACCUGAACCUGAACGUCAUCGGCCUCAUACAGAAAUCUGUGGUCAAGCAUCUUCCAAAGCCGCCGUCACAUCUGGACGAGAACCUUCACCAGCACCUGCUGCAUGUGCAGGACGCCGUGCUGCAUGAGCUCGUGAGGCUGGGUCCCCAGUUGGAGCGUAUGGGGUUGAUGGGAUGUCUGAUUGAUUGCUACCAUCAUCAGACAUUUGAGCACCUGCAUAUUCUGCUGCAGAACGCCACCACCGCCAAGAACACGUUUGUGCUGAUGAAUUGGGUCCAAUGUGUCUACCCGAGUAAAGAGCUGCUCGGUCAUCCUGACCUUCAAGAAAUUGAUCCCAUUGGAAAAGUCGAUGUCCUGCUCUUCAAGGAAUGGGACGCAAAAGCAAAGGACAAGCUGCUUGAGAAUGUGCAGAAAUCUGUCAGAGAGUCCCUGAAGAUCAUCCUGCAGAAUGAGAUGGCCCAAGAUCAAUGUGAUUGUGAGGAAACUUACGUUGGACUCUACGUGGACAUUAUUCAGUGCAUUAAUGCCAUGCACAAUGAAACGAAGAAGAUCUCUUCAGAACUGCCUGAUGGCGUGAAGGAGGUUUGUUUCCAAGAGCUGCUGAUGUUUCUGAAGAGGUACGUCACUGAGCAGACUAAGGCUCUGGGGAAAAAAGCAAAAAUGGACAAACCAGAAACAAUAUAUUUCCUCAGGACUUUGACAACCUGUAAAGAACUCAAGCAGUACGUCCAGACUGAGGGCGCAGGGAUCAAACCUUCCCUUCUGAAUGAGAUGGUGGGACUGCUUGAAAACAUGGAGGCCUCUACUUUUUAUCUUCUGAAGGACAUUGUAACCGACAUCGCAGAGAGCCACCUGAAAAAGUAUUUCAAAUCGAAUAACAAGCAGUUUCUCCUGUGUGCUGCUGUACAGAACAAUUUCCCCAAGCUGCAGUACGGCUUGGAUGAACAAAAGAGAGUGAUGGACGAGGCUUACAAACUCAUCGUUCGUAUUUACAUCAAAAAUCUUGUCCGAAGCAGCCAGAGAAAACUGAAGAAGCACUGGAGUCCUAAUGUUGGACAAACGGUCAUUGAAGAUGCUGAGCUUCUUCACAGCAUCAUGUCAGACCUGGCUCCUGGUGUCCAACAGCGGAACUUCACGCUGCUGAAAAUCACAGAAAUAUUGGAGUGCAACAGCGUCGACACACUGAAGAUGGAAUGUGCAACCAUGCAGAAUCACUGUCUCACCAUGAGCAGGGAGGAUAUGGAGCUCCUGCCCACCGUGCUGCGAUGGAAGGGUCUUUCUAAACGGAAGGUCAACGAGGUGCUGUACGCCCUCCCUCCUGACCUUCAACCCGGACUUGAUCCUGACCGUCAGCCCAGUCGUACCAGAUCCUGGUGCUGCUGUUUUAACUGACUUGGCUUCUGGUGAUGACUGAUGCGCUCCGCAGAGGAUCAACUGAAACAAGCAAAAGAGGACAGAGCUGAUGGUUGAAAAAUGUUCACGAGAUUCUUUUCAUGAACUUUUCUGAUCAGAUCAGUCGCGUCAGAACUUCGUUACUGAUUUCACUUCUCAGAUCUGAUCUUAAGACGGAUGUAGAGAAAGAGAAGCAGAAAAGUCACAGGAGGUUUUAUGCGCUUUGACGCAUGAGAGAUUAAGAUUGUGCACACAGUUGCCUAUCUAUGAGAGUAUCACUGAUUUUGUUUCAAGUGUUGCUGUCGUUUCAGGAAAGGUAAACAUGGUUUUUGAUCUUGUUUGCCAAAAUUUCCUCUUUUUUUUUUUUUUUUAUGUAAAUAGAAAUCAUCAUAUACUGUAUUUGAGAUUUUGCAUAAUCACAAUUUCUUCCUCAUUCAUUCUCGCUUUGUUAUGCACAGAAAUGCAACUGUACUAAGUUACAGGCCAGAAGAAGCUGAAUGAAAAAAACUAAAUAUACUUUUUAGGUAUAUAGAAGUUGUUAAAGUUGUUUACAUGUUUAAGUUUUUUUUUUUAUCUUUAGGUGGAUCUUGGUUGAGGGAAAAUUUACAUGACGUUUCUGAAUGUUUGAACACCGUUUACAGUAAAAUUAGAUUUUGUGGAAAAGGUCAUAAGUGAUGAUUCAGCUGAACUUCAGUGUUUCGUGGUUUGGAAAAGGAAAGUCUUUUUGUCGAGCUGAGUAGUGAAAAGAGCAAACAAGAACAAAUUAUUUAAAAGAGAUUGAGUUAAUUUAACUUAUUUGUUUUGUUACGUUUCUUCUUUUGAUACGUUACUUGAGUUCAUUUACUGUAGCUACAAAAAUUGAAGGUACUGUUUCAUAUAGAGCUUCAACAUGAAGAAUGACCAUGUUCUCAUAUUAUUAUAUAAUAUUAUUUAUUAUGUUUUAAUUAUUUAUUUAUAUGAAUGUACAAUUUUUGUAUUUACACAACUGACAAGAAUUCAUUAGGCUUCAAUCAGUCAUUAAAAUCUAAUUUUACUGUUAAAAAAAAAACAAUUCUUAGGAAACUCUUCUGAAUUACACUUGAGCUGUUCUUUUAAAACUUGAUUUUUUUUAAUAAGACGUACUGUAUAAUUUACUAUAGUACUGUAAUUCUUUUGAAAUUCUGAGCAGAUAUCUGCUUCAAAAUCAGGUGAAGAUCUGUGUUUACGUUUGAAUACAUAGUGUACCUUUUGUAUGAGGUGAACUGUGCUGGUUUAUUGGUUUGAGUUCUGUCUGUAUUCGUUAACCUGUGAGGAGAAGGGCUGUGAAAAUGUACCUGUCUUACUCUGUCAACAGUUUCAUGAAUAAAAUUCUGUAUUAUUUACUACAAAUAUACGUUUUUGGCUGCGUAUUCUUUGUGCCACCAGUAAACACCACUAGAUGGAGCCUCACAUCAUCUAACUAAAAUGGGACUUGAUGAGUAAUGGUCCACAUCGUUUUAAG